CGGUGAUCAUGAACGUUGUUGUCGGUUGAGAGAGGUUAGGAGGAUUUCUGUAAAGAUGGCGCCACGUGGUUUGCUGAUUUUGGUGGUCAUGCUUGGGGGCGUGGUUCGUGGAGGAGCCCCGUACAGGAGGCAGGUCAAGCAGCUAGCUUGGGAAGUUAGGGAGAUGCUUCAGACGUGCAGUGGCCGGAACGACUCCCAGUGGAACUGUUUGUGGGAUCAGGGUUUGGCGGCGGUCGAUGACUUUGUGAACCGGGAGAAGAUUCCGCUGGUGACUGGGGUCAGUUUGGUGCGAGUGAAGGCGGGGAAAGUAAAUGCCAGCAACCCAUCGAGUGCAGUGCCAAGCGACGAAUCGAAAAAUCUAAACAGUGUAACGGAAGACUCGGAGCAGAGCAAAACGUGGGCCGGCCGGGUGUUGGAUGCACUGGAUCACAUGUUCGAGACACAUGUGCUGCAAAUCGAUCUGGUUCCGCGUAACAGCGACAGCGCCAGAGGCCAGAGCAAUCAUACUAAACAGCAGCAGCAGCAAAAGAUGUCGAAUGAUGUUAAUGGAUGGUGGCAGAAGAAGAAGAAGGGCAGCUUUCGUGGAUUUGAAACGGAGGAUGUUGGCGAAGGACGUCACCGGCGCCGGCAGCAGAUGAUUCCGAUGAUGAUAUUCGGCGUGGUGGUGUUCGGCUCGUUCGUCAUUCCGAUGGGCUUCCAGUUUCUGGCGGCCCUCAGCGGGAAGGCCUUCCUGAUGGCGAAGCUGGCCCUGCUUCUGGCCUCCAUCAACGGACUAAAACGGGUAGCCCAACCGGGCGUCCACUACGGACUGUACCAUCACGUCGACCAACACCCGCACCAUCUCCACGGCUCGCCUGGCGUCCUGUACGACCGCGACAAUGGAUUUGGCCCUCGCAAUUUGCCACCGGUUCCACCACCCUCCUCACCACAUCCAACAGAAUAGCAGCUAAGUUCAAUUCGUAGGAAAAAACGUAGCCAUCAUCAGCGCCACCGUAGCAGCUUGGGACGAUUCUUCAGUUCGUCGUCCUCUUUCGGCGGAGAACCUGCCCCGGACAUCCUGACCAGUACGACCGUUGUGAAUACCCCACCAACUCCCGCUCCCCAGUUCUACCAGCUGUGGGGAGUUUCGCCGGGAGUUCCACCCCCACCACCACCACCACCUCCCCCGCCGUAUCAACAUGGACCGUUCCCGGGUAUUUCGGACGUUCCACCGUGGCCACCGACCCCGCUGACCCAGUACGCGGCCCUCAUGUCGAGCGCCGCCCAGGCCAGCCUCGCCAUGUACGUCAACUUUGUGCGCAGCAUCUACGCCAGCUGUCGACUGUUCAUGUCCGAGCUGUUCUGGUCGAACGUGCAGAGUCUGAUGCCGUACUUUGCGCCGCCCUGGUUUACGAGGCUUUGGGGGAAUCGGGGUGGUCCGGGGCUACCGGGACAGGUGGCUGCGCCUCCGCCGGGGCAGUUUCAUGGCCAGUUUGGGUACUAUCAGGGGAUUCCACCCGGGGGCAUUACGCACGGUUAAGCGUUGAGGUAGAAGUUUGACGAAGAAUUUGUUGUUCUUAGAAGCCAGAUUUAGCAUUUAGAGUCGUCGUAGUCAGUGUCAUCACAACAGUUUUAAGCAUUCAGCGUUUCCAUUGGUUGACAAGUAAAAUUCAAAUUGAAAUCAGGGUAAAAUCUCAAGUGUUUAGCAGGUUGAGGAAACGAUCCUGAUUCCGUCCAAAUCGACGAGUUUUUUUUUUCUAUUUAAACAACUUUGUUUUUAAGUAACUGUUGAUACAAACUUCAAUUGCUGCAGAUCUCCUUAAACCACGAGGACACUUUUUUGAAAAUCUCAAAUUCAAUAA